AUGAACGUCGCCGCUCUCCUCCAGGAUUCUCCAUCGGACGAUCGUCGCAGGCAGCAGCAACAGCGUGAGCGCGAGCAGCAACAGCAGCAGCAGCAGCAGCCGCCUCAGCCGCCUCAGCCUCAUCGCUCUCCACCCCGCGACAGAGACCGACCUCUCCAGCACAUCUCUCCUCGUCCACAGCCGUCUCAGCCGUCGCUGCACACCUCACCACCCUUUCACAGGCUUAUUCGCCCCCAGUCGCCUCCACAUCAUCCUUAUCCACCGCCGGACUACCCCCAUCCCCAGCGUCUGGCUCAGCUGCCACCUCCUUCUUCACUCCUCCACGAUGCGUACGAGCAACAACACCGACGUCCGAACAUCGAACCUUUGCCCCAUCCUCAUGAGUUGGUGUUACACCCUCAUCACGGUCCGCCCGGUAGCCUAGGCCCCCCAGGCACGCAGGCUCAGCCAUACAUCCUCGAGCAUCGCGCAUCAAAUUCGCUUCCCCCUCCGCCCCGCGCAGGCCCUGUACAGCAAUCGCACCAGCACCAGCAGCAUCAGCAGCACCAGCACCAACACCAGCAUCUGCACCAUGCCCACACGCUGCCCACCACCCCCUCAUCCCAUUACAUGCCGCCGCCAAGUCGACCAGGACCGAUGCACGCAGCAUCGGCCGGCCCACCCAUGCUCGCACCCGCGCCUGGAUCUUCGCCCCCUGGACCGGGUAUGAUGCCAGGGCAUAGCCACGGCGCCAUCCCACUUUUCCCAACGCCCGUCGGGCCGGGUAUGGGUCCCCCACCCAAUGCAGGGCCGAGCAUUCCGCCGCGCCAUCUCUCUCCUCCGAGCUUCAUGGACCCUUCACCAAUGUACGGCGCACACCCGCAUGCGAACGCGCCCGGCCAGAUGUCGGCUCAGGGCAUGGGACAGAUGCAGGCCCAUCGCCCGCGAGGAAGCUUCGAGUACAUCGGGCAGCGCCCGGGGUCGCCCGCGAUGGGGAGCCUGCAGCGCCCGCCGAGUGCACGGUUCGAUGAGCGUGAUCGUGAUCGUGACCGUGACAUGCGCGUCCCCCGGGCACCGCCUUCCGCGUUGGGCGCGCCUGCGGGGUCUGCGCUCUCAUCGACCAUCACCAGCAUGAACAUGGGUCACCCUGCGAGUUCUGGGGCGCGCGCAGGGCCGCAGACGCAGAUGCUCACGGGCCCGGGCGCGGUCGGCAUGAACCUGAUAGGCGUGAAGGAGCGGGAAGGCCAGCGAGAGAGGGAGAGGUUGGAACGGGAGGCGAGGGCGGGGAAUGUGGGCGUCGUCGGUGAGCCGCCUGGUGGACGACGCGAUUGGGAGCGCGAGCGCGAGCAGCGGGAGUGGGAGCGCGAUCGCGACCGGGCGCGCGAGUUGGAGUUCAGGCUUACUCACGGGCAUAUGGAUGGCAUGAUCGUCUCGGAUGCGGACACAGAGCGUGAGUGGCUAAGGCAGUCGCAGCAGAACCAAGCGAGCCAGUGGUCGCGCUUUGCGCAGCCACGCCCAGUGCCCGGGGAAGACGAACGCGAGCGGGAGAGGGAGCGCGAGCGUGCUAUGAUGCUGGAGAUGGAGAGGGAAAGAGGGCGGGGACGAGAGCGUGGUCGCUAUAUCGACUUUGAAGAUGCAAGGAUGCGCGAGGCGAGAGAGGUCGAGGCCGACACGGAGAAGACUGAAAGGCUCCCGCGGGCUCCGCAAAGGGGAAGGACCACGGCGAAGGAGAAAGAGAGGGUGAGAGAGGACCGAAGAAUUUGCAGGUCUGGCGGUGCAGCGGAGGAGUUGGCGGAGGAGAGAGAGCGCCUUACCCGCCAACGAAGCGGCCAGUGGAUGGAGAUAGACUUUGAGAAGGAGCGGGAGAGAGAGCAACGGGAGAGCGACGCGGUGCGUUCUUCACGGCAGAACCAGACACAGAUUCCGCAUCACCACCACCACCUUCACCAACAUCGUGCUUCGUCGCUCUCUGGUAGUUCCGCACAGGGUAAUGUGCCAAGCUCCAAGUCAUCCAAGGCGGGGAGUGCUACAGGAGUCCUGCCUGGGGCACCGCCGAGCGUAGGUCCUAGCAUCAUUCCGCCUGACAUUCCGCCCUUUGGAUCAGUCAUACAGGAUCGCCAGCAGCCCGGGCUGUUCAGGCAGGGUGCUUCAAGGUUGACGAAUGGCCCUUCCCAUCCACCAUCUUUGGUCGCAACGCCAUCGCAUCAACCUCUGCUCAUCCAUCCGCCUCAUCCCCUGUCUCACCAACAUUCACACCCGAACAUUGCUGCUCUGGGUUUCCCGCAUCGUCGCACUCCUCCGCCGCCGCCUUUCAGCCAUCUCCCAGUUUCAACCAGUGCACCUCCUGGUUCUUCGCUGUAUGCACAUGCGCGCUCACCGACUCCUGUUAUCCCUCGAGCACCGUCGGAACCUCCACUGCAUAUCGGAAUGUACGUCUAUCCGCGAAUACCAUUCCCCUACAUCGACUUCCCCAAUCUCUCGUAUGAGCCGAAUUUACAUGGGAUGCCGCUUGAACGCGAACCACGCGAGAUCCACACCACUAUUCUUAUCCCAUACGGAUUUAUCCCUACCCAGCGCCCAGCACAUCCACGUAUAUGGGGAGGUGCAGAGGUACGCUCUCUAUACCCGAUCUCACCCCCGGCGUCCCAGCUUGCACACGCGUUUCCGUUCCACCACCGGCGGUUCGAGGACCGUGGCGUGCGGAGAGUGUACACGGACGACUCGGACCUAUUUUUAUGUGCACUCCAUGCAGGGUUCAUCACAUGGAGUGGCGCACAGCGCGCGCGAAGUGAACGCCGGGACUUACGGCUGGAUCUCAAACUCACGAAGGAGGCGAGGUUCGUUGGCGGAUAUGGUGCUGCCUACCGUAAACGGAAACGAACAAUCGAGAGUAUGCUCGAGGACAGUGAGAAUGACGAUGAUGGCAGCACGCUACGUAGCUCGGGGUGGGGCAAUAGCCAUGAUGGUGCUGGGAUCGAGAUCAUGGUUGCAGAGUUUGUCGAGCCCGGCUCCGCUCACUCCUAUGGGUUGCGCAAUCGGCCACAGCGUCUUUUGGAGUACGCGGAGCGGAACUUGGCUGUUAGGCGACGGAAACGGCGACGUGCCGCCCUUGCAGUGGGUCCAGCAGAGGAUCCUGAUAGGUCGCUCAUGACUUCACGUCGCCUGCCCUUCGGCGCUGGAUUAGAAUGGAAUAAGCUCAUACUGAGCUUCGAACGUUCCUCAGUCAAGACACCGUCUGCGCCAUCUGGUCCUGAAAAUGAACCACCAUCUUCGAACAAUGAGUUGAAGCGGAGACGCAUCGAGGUACCUGGCGAUGUGCAGCGAACCAUCGGGCUUAUCGACGGACCGAGUAUGGUGGACACAGACACUGCGGUGUCCAUCGGCGUGGAGCCAUCGCGAAAGCCACUACCACAACCAGAAACACCCCUUAAGGUGGAGGCGGCAACUGAUGGCGCAGUCACGACUGUGUCAUCGCGAAGUAUGGAGAAUGGUGGCUAA